AUUUCACGAGCGCAGACGCGUCGUCGUCGAUGAAUAUCGUUUGACAGACCAUGAAUCCAAAUUCAUGAUUUCGACAUCGUUACCGUCAUUAGGAACAUCGAAACGCUUAUCAUGCUCGAACCUCUAAUCGUGCUAACAGUAUUGAACUGUAUCUUCAUGUUCAGCUCAACAGUGACAACCUGCGCGUUAUGGUGGCAAUAUCGGAAUCAUCGAUGUUGUUUCAAAAAGGAUUCAAUGAGACACGACUUGUCGAGGAUGAAAACAACCUGUCCCGGAAGAUCGUCGAAGAAAAAUGGGAAUGGGAGACAAGAUAGUACAGUGAAUGGAAGUGAUAGACAAGAUAGUAUUGUGAAUGGAAGUGAUCGUAGAUCUAAUUCCACUAUUUAUAGAGAUAGUAAGAGCUCGAAGAGAAACUCGAAACAGAAAUCAAAGUCGAACAUGAAGUAUCUGCUUCAGGAAAGGAUAUCCAGCGGUGAAGAAGUGUCUUCCAUAUAUGGAAGUAGAGAUCUCGAAGAGAAGACAAGAAUGUCAGAGGCUUCUCAAACAGCCAAUGAAGCAAGAUCAGCUGUUGUGAUGGAAUACUCGACUGUCCAAAAGAUUGUACAAAUUUUAGACAACGACGUGAAUUUAUCUGCCACGAGGAUGGCAAUUAGAGAGAUGAACCCUAAACACCAUACUGAUGAGAAGAAAGUUCAACAGAUCCUUGAAGAAAAGUCUGAGCCUGAAUCCGUAACUGUGUAUGAAGCAGUGCUUGAAGAAUAAUUUGAAUGAAAAUUACAAACUGAAUACGAUGGAUCUUUAGUAAAAUAUUAGGUUUACAUUUUCAAGUACUAGAUUUAAAAGGAGCACACUUUGUGUUAAAAAUGAAAUCUGUUUUUCUGUAAUAAUAUUAAUUUGCAAUUUAUAGUUACUGAGCGGUAUAACCCUUUUCUAACAAAAAUAAAAAAUAUUGAACGUAUCUGGCAAGUUUUCUACUUGGAUAACGCCAUUACAGUGGUCUUCAGGUUCUCAAUAGUGGGGAACAGUGUGUACUUAGACCACACCAAGAGAAUCCUUUGCUCAGAGUUGAU